AUGCCGCGCGAUAGCUCGCUGCCUGCGCUGGCCGCCCGGCUCACGCCUCGCGCGCCGCAGCAAGGCCAGCAGCCACCCUCGGCGACCCUGCGAGGGCAGCAGCCACCCUCGGCGACCCUUCCGACCCUUCCACUGCUCGGAUCACUCUUGCUCGCGGCGUGCAUCACGUCGCUGCCCAUGUUUCGUGGCCCACGAUGGCUCAAGUCGAUCUUUGCUCGCGCAGCACGCUCGAUGAAGCGCGUGCCCGCGUGGCACUUCACGCCGCUCGCCGGCACCAACCUCGUCAUUGGCGCAGUUCCGACAGCGGACGAGCAGUUGCGAGAGCUGCAGGACGACGGGGUGACCGCGGUGGUCACCAUGAACCAGGCCUGGGAGCCGCAGGCGCCGGGUGGCGUACAGGCCGCCUGCGGGCGUGUGGGCCUGGCGCACCUCCAGUUGCCGACGCCCGACUACUCGUCUCCGAGCCAGCGGGAUAUACGCAGGGCCGUCGACUUCAUCGGGGCGCACGUCGACGAGGGCGGAAAGGUGUACGUGCACUGCAACGCGGGCCGCGGCCGCAGCGCAGUGUGCGUCCUCGCCUACCUCAUGGCUUCCGGCGGCCUGAGCGCGAGAGAGGCGUACGAGCUCGUCGCCGCGCAGCGGCGUAUCACGAACCUACCAUCGCGGCUGCUCGGCUUCCGGCGGCCGCAGUGGAGGGCGCUGCGCAGGUACGAGGCCGCGCUGGCAAAGAGAGGGGCAGGGACGCGGAGGGAGGAGGAGGGAGGGAAGAGUUGA